UAAAUCUAAUCAAUUAGAGUUUAGUAUUAUUUCGUGUGCAUUAUCAUCGUGAGUUUUGGUUGAACAAGUCGUGAAUUAUCUACAUUUAUCAAUAUAGAUAAAGUGACCAGCAAUCAUCAUGGUGAAGAAAAUUGUGAUAUUCGGCGCCACGGGCAUGACAGGGCUCUGUGCGGUGGAAGCUGCUGUAAAGAAGGGCUUAGAAGUACGCGCAUUCGUCCGCACGCCAUCCAAACUCCCUGCAAAUCUGCAGGACAAAGUUGAAAUCUUCCAAGGCAAUGUGCUUGAGCCAGACUCCGUCCACGAUGCUGUUGAAGACAUGGACGCAGUAGUCAUAGCCUUGGGGACCAACAACCAACUGGAACCUACCUCCGACCUGUCCGAAGGCACUAAGAACAUCAUUGAAGCGAUGCGGGCGAAGGGUGUGAAGAUCUUGUCGGUCUGUCUGUCAGCGUUCUUGUUCUAUGAGCCUGACAAGGUGCCCCCAAGGUUCGUGGACCUGAAUGAGGACCACAAGAGGAUGUACCAGGCGGUUAAGGACAGCGGUUUGAACUAUGUUGCUGUGUUCCCUCCACAUAUUGCUGAUGAGCCAAGCAGGGAAGUCAUUGUAGAAGUGAACCCGGAGAAAUCUCCGGGCAGAGCCGUCUCCAAGUACGACCUGGGAGCGUUCCUGGUGAACUCGCUGAGCGAACCUAAGUACUACAAGUCUGUUAUUGGCAUCACCAAUGCGGUCAAAGCUUAGGACGUAAUUUUUAUGUGCCAGGCACAUGCUAUAGUUUGUCUGUUUAGAUUAUUAACCAGUCAUUCAAUAUUAUUUUUACCUUUUCGAACCUACCCUAAA